AUGGAUGCGUACGACUUCCUGGCGGCGGGCUUGUUGGACAUGUCGGGGAAGUGCGCCGCAACGAAGGCAACGUUGGCCAGCAACACCCAGCGCUGCCCGGCCGAAGUGGAGCGAAUCUCCAAGCUGCUGUCCGCCCUGCUCUCCAUGUCGGCGAAUAUCAAGAGGGUCACCCGGGACGCGUUUUGCGACCUCCCGGCGCUCGGCAUGUUUGACAUGUCCGGGAAGUGCGCGACGAUGAAGGCGUCGUUGAUCAGCAACAGCAAGCGCUAUCCGGCCGAAGUGGACGCGAACCGCCGAGCUGCUGUCUGCCCCGUUCUCCAUGUGGACGAACAUACAGAGGGUCAUCGGGUGGGUGAUGUUGUUGGGUAG